CUCUUCCGGUAGCAACAACAAGCUAUAGCUGUACUCAGAGCAGGAUCCAGCACAUUUGAAAGUUCCCCUUCUGUUUUCUUCAAGUAAAGCGCAUACACAUCACCAAUUAGAAGGCAGAUAUGGACCGUGUGAUGAAGCUGGCGUCGGAGCGUGCGGUGGUGGUCUUCACUCAGAGCUCCUGCUGCAUGUGCCACACCGUGGCGCGGCUCUUCUGUGACCUUGGUGUCAAUGCGCUUGUGCACGAGCUGGACCAGGACCCUAGGGGAAAGGAGAUGGAGAGAGCUCUCCUCAAAAUGUUGGGGAAAGGCCCGUCUGUUCCGGCGGUGUUCAUCGGCGGGAAGCUUGUCGGCGGGACAAACAGGGUCAUGUCUCUGCAUCUCUCCGGCGAGCUGGUCCCAAUGCUGAGGAAUGCAGGCGCCCUCUGGCUAUAGGCGAGCAAAGGAAAUAAAAUUUUGUCAAAGAGUGUGAAGUAUCUGCAUUUUAUACUUCCCUAGAAUAACCUAAUGACCUAGUUUAUGCUUAGCAGGGUUUUCCAUCCUGAUCCGAGAAUUACUAGGUUUCUUUGUGAGGUUUCUUGCUCGCUAGAGUGAGCUACGUGCAUGCUUUGUGUAAGUUUUAACUCGGACUUUAUUUUUGUACGUGUACUCUCACUGUUUUUCAAAGAGGCAGUUAAUAACAAUACGUAUGCAUUGUAUUCA